AUCAGAUGGAGUUGGUUGGUAAUGAACAUGUAUAGUGAACAUGGUAAUGAACUUAUAAUACACAUUUUUUGCCUAAUGGAUGGCUGUGUGGCAUCACCUGCAAGUAGGAUUUAUACAACUCGAGGUUUAAAGAUGAACGUGAAGAUUCAGCAGUGUUAGUAACAGUCAGAACUUCAGUGAAUCAGGAGGGGGUUCAAAAGUUCAUUCACUUCGAAUACAAAAAUUGUGUAAAAUUCCUUUUAGUUAGCAGUUUUCGAGAGUUUUUUCCAGUUUUAUCUUCACUUACUUUCAACUGUUUAUUUUUAUUACUGACAAGUCUGCAGCUGCUUUAAAGAAAUCAUGGUAGUAAAAAAUAUUUGUUGUUUGGGAGCAGGGUAUGUAGGGGGUCCUACAUGUAGCGUGAUAGCCUCAAAAUGUCCCGAAAUAAAGGUAACUGUUGUCGAUAAAAGCGUAACAAGAAUAGCCCAAUGGAAUUCUGAGAAGUUGCCCAUCUAUGAGCCUGGCCUCGACGAAAUUGUUAAAGCCAGACGAGGAAAGAAUUUAUUUUUCUCCAAUAACAUUGAGAAGGCCAUUUUAGAAGCAGAUUUGAUUUUUAUUUCAGUAAAUACGCCAACGAAAACAUUUGGAAAUGGCAAGGGACGUGCAGCAGACUUAAAGUAUGUCGAAGGAGCUGCCAGAAUGAUAGCAGAUAUUGCCAAAAGUAACAAAAUAGUUGUAGAAAAAAGUACAGUACCUGUAAGAGCCGCAGAAAGUAUAAUGAAUAUUUUAAAGGCAAAUAAUGAACCUGGUGUUUCGUAUCAAAUCCUCUCCAAUCCAGAGUUCUUGGCUGAAGGAACUGCUAUUCAAGAUCUCAUGCACCCAGAUAGGGUCCUCAUAGGUGGGGAAGAGACUCCCGAAGGCCAACUUGCUAUAGAAGAGCUUUGCAGUAUUUACGAACACUGGAUUCCUAGAAAAAGUAUUUUGACCACCAACACCUGGUCUUCAGAACUUUCUAAAUUGGCUGCAAAUGCUAUGCUGGCUCAACGAAUAUCGAGUAUUAAUUCGUUAUCAGCUGUCUGUGAAGCUACUGGGGCAGAUGUAUCAGAAGUAGCAGUUGCUAUAGGUUUAGAUUCUAGAAUUGGACCAAAAUUUUUGCAAGCAUCAAUAGGUUUUGGUGGGAGCUGUUUCCAAAAGGACAUUCUGAACCUCGUUUAUAUAUGCGAAAGCCUCAGUUUACCAGAAGUGGCGGCCUAUUGGCAACAAGUGAUCGACAUGAAUGAAUAUCAGAAGACAAGGUUUACAGCUAAAGUAGUUCAGAGCCUUUUUAACACUGUCAGUGGAAAGAAUAUUACCCUUCUUGGCUUUGCAUUUAAAAAGAACACCGGGGACACUAGAGAAAGUCCCGCCAUUCACGUUGCUAAAACAUUGCUCGACGAAGGAGCCUCCUUAAACAUUUACGAUCCAAAGGUAGAGGAGUCCCAAAUCUUAUACGACCUUACUCAUCCAUCAAUCUGUGAAUCCCCGGAAGAAGUAAAAAAAUUAGUUAAAAUUUACCCAGAUGCUUAUUCUGCAACUAAUGGUGCUCACGCUGUAGUCAUUUGUACAGAAUGGGAUGAAUUUGUGACAUUGGAUUAUAGGGAGAUAUACAGAAGCAUGAUGAAACCGGCUUAUAUUUUUGAUGGAAGAAAAAUAUUAGACCAUGAGGAGCUCAUAAAUAUAGGUUUUCAUGUGCAGACAAUAGGGAAACGAUUACCCCGACCACUUUCCACUCGAAUGUGGAGUGGAACUGCUGUGGUUUGAGUUUUUUGACGCUUGCUGUUUACUUCUCUAAUAAGUAUUUAUCAUUUAUUCUCUUACAGUUGCCAUUUUCACUUCCAUUCCUUGCCUUUAAGUCUAGUUCUCAGUAUUUAAAGCGUUUAUAAAGUGUAAUACAGUGACCGUUGUGCUGGUUCAACUAGCAUGGCCUGUUUUAUCAAUAUUGUAUGCAUUUUUGUUUAAUUUAAUAGUCAUUUGAUUAUUUUUAUUGAUGCGUUGAAUAUAUCAUAUUGCAUAUUAUAAAAAUAUAUAGGAAUAUUUGUAUAUGAUAUUGAGAUAAGAAACUACUUCGUUUUUUAUAAUAUGGAAUACACUAUUAUUGAAAAAUAAUUGCAAGAAAAAUUUUAAACCAGCACUGAAUAGUAAUCCAGUAUUAUCCCGAAACCUUUUGAUUUUUAUAUUACUAAUUUUUUUUUUUCAUUGCCAUUGGCAAUUAUUUUUUUUUAAUCCUUUGCCGAGUAAGAUAAACCAAGAACACUACUUAAAAUGUAUAAUCGUUAUUUAUUAUCAUGUUUAUUUGACUUAUCAAGGUAAUUAUUUUAUUGUAUAUUGUAUUUUAUAUAAAUGUACUUCGUAGAAGCGAAUUUUAUGCGUAAUAAAUGCUAUAAAUCAAAUUGA